AUGCCUCCAAAAUCCAAGCUCGACUCAAGCGCGGCGACCCUCUUCUUCAAGAAGCAUAAGACCACUGUCCUUCUGAUGCUUCAUACUCAUGAGUCGCUCGACACCGCAAAGGAAAAGCUGCUUGGAGCUCUGAAAUCACGAGGAAUAAACGAUAUCAAUGGCGACUCAGUUCCCGAUGAUUCUUUUGAUAUCGAAUUCGGUGUGCCCAUGGACCGCGCCGAUCUCGAGAAAGGCUGGAGACGACUCGACGCAGACGCACCGGAGCUAGACGAGGAGGACGCCACAACAAAGAAAAACAAAGGAAAGUCCAAGAAGGAGGUAGUCUCUCUGAUGGCCGCUGGUCUUGAGAACGGACAUACAGUUGCAUUUCGCUUCCGCAAACCAAAUGACGGCCAAGACGAGAUGGAACUUGAUUACGAAGAUCCCGGCUGGGAUGUCCUGAUCCCGACCUUCGAUGAUGAGGAGGAAGAGUGA